AUGCCUCCAACAUUCAAAUCCCUCCUCAACACCGCGCGCCAGGUAGUCUCCCGUUCUUCCACUCCCAUCCCAGGGACACCGCCGGAUGGUGCUUCUUUAAACGCAUUGUUCCCAAAGGUAGAUCCGAAGAUAGAUGGCGAGGAUUGCGAUCAUGACUGCGACUCAUGUAGCAUCUCAUAUCCCCGGGGCUUCAACAUAGACGAGGAUGACAAGCUCUAUGGCCAUAUCAAGGGCUGGAGUAGGCAUAUUCUAGUUGCGACGGGGAAGACAGAUUGGGUGAGGGAUGUGGCCGACGAGAAGGGGAGUCUUAUGGAAGCAAUUGAGAAGAAGGCUGACGUCAAGCCCACCGAUGGGAGGCUGAUGCUAUCAGCGUCCAAUAUGCCAACACCUUCCCACUCAUCAAAUUACUCUGAGCCCACCACCGUCCUCCUCCUUCCCGCUUUCAUCAUAGUCGAAAACGUCACUCCUGCUUCGGUAAACACACUCAUCUCUGAAUUCAUUAAUAAAACACCCACAAAUACCGCCCCGCUGGGCCCAAUAUCUAUACCCGCGUCUCUCCCCGACCCUCUCCCAUCUGUCGAACAAUUAACAUCCCGCCCAUCUCCCCACCGAGCCUUGAUCCUCCUGUGUUCCCAGAAAACCCGGGACGCCCGCUGUGGCCAAAGCGCACCACUCCUCCGAAAAGAAUUAGAACGCCAUCUUCGCCCCUGCGGUCUGUUCCGCGACCUUGACGAUGAGCGGCCCGGUGGUGUGGGUAUAUACUUUAUCUCUCAUGUCGGAGGACACAAGUACUCAGCCAACGUAAUGGUCUAUCGAAAGGCAAAUGCAUUUGGGUUAGAUGGUGUAGAACGCGGGAAGCUGGAUGGAGAUGUGUGUCCCCCGCCGUCGGGCGGAGAGGAGAAAGAGGAGAUGAUGGGCGCUGCGCAGUGUAUUUGGAUUGCCAGGGUGAAACCCGAGGACUGCGAGGGUAUUGUUAAGUUUACUGUGCUACAAGGGAAGGUGGUGAAGCCGGAAAGCCAGUUAAGAGGGGGGUUUGAUAGACAGAGAGGAGUCUUUAGUUGGUAG